AUGACGACAAUCAUCGGUGUCAUUACUGGGGCACUCUCCCUCCUCAGUUUCGCCCCCUCCAUGUUUCCAGGACAUACGGGAAGCACUGCCACCGUUCGACUCUGUGCUGGCCUUGAUGGCACUUCUGGUGCUCAGGGACCCUUGAGUGGUGCCAGUGGCGGUAUUUACUGGGUUAAAAACUAUGAUAAUAACCAGAAAUUCUUGGGUGAAACUGGCAGUGGUUCUCGCGGUGGAGGAAAGAUUCCCAACGGUGGAUUUUCCGACUUCGAGAUCGGCAGCGGGGGCGGAAAACAGCCUGUCUUCACACAGAUUCAUGGAGGUGCGGAUCCAGUUUGUCUCGCUUAUGCACUUAUUACUUGGCCAGACGAAAAGAAGUAUGGGUGGAAUGGCGGCUGGGGUAGAUCGUGCGGCCUGAAUUGGUACUAUUCUGGCAUCUACGUUGAUGGCGACGAGACAACGGAUUGCACAUGGAUCACACGCACAACUACCUUCAAGCUUGAUAUGCUUAUGAUCCGCUGGCCCUCCUUCUCCUCGAAGGAGAACCCCAACUACUCGAAAGACACAGGGAGUUAUUGCAAAUAUCCCGCAUUGCGAGCCUACACCCACGACGGCAGCUCUAUUUUCAAGCGCGACGAGACCAACCCCGAGGAGGAUGUGGUAGACACCCGGCUCGUGAUCAGCCCUUUUGCAAACCAUACAGUUAGCGAUGCCUGCAAUGACGUUAACUUCUGGGGCCCGGACUUCGUCUCGCUUGCGGAAGGCUUGCACUGCGACACUGACACGCACACCGUGACACCGCUCUGCAGCGACACGGUCACCUCCGACUGCUUUUCGCUUGACAGCCGGGAGAAGCUUUCCAGACGCGGGUUGCCUACAUAUGCGAAGAAUUAUACGGCAACAAUUCGUUGGAAAUGA